CGUGGUGCCGCGCCGACUCCGGCUCGUAGCGCUCCCACCAGACCUACUGCCGCUCCUCCGCGCCCAGCAGCCGCUCCCCAGCAGCAGCAGUACCAGCCUCACUCGACCGCUGCUCACCCGUCGCAUGGCCAGCAGCACGCUCCUCCCCCGCCUCAAGCCCAGCAGAGCCAAGGCCCCGGUCUCUUCGGCCAGAUGGCCUCGACCGCAGCGUAAGUUGUUUACCGAGGUGGCGAGCACCGGGAUAAGAUGGAUCAUGCUAACGUGUUUAUCUUUCUACAGUGGUGUCGCAGUCGGUUCUUCCAUCGGCCACGCCAUCGGUGGUAUGUUCGGCGGCUCCAGCGCCCCUGCUGAGCCGCAGCAAGCCGCUCCCGUCGAUUCCCAGCCCAUGGACAGCGGACUUUGGCAGAGCAACGCCGCUACCCAGUCCUACGACAACGCCCCUUGUGCUACCGACAUCAAGAGCUUCCGUCAGUGCAUGGAUGACCACCGGGGUGAUAUGAGCAUUUGCGGUUGGUAUUUGGAUCAGCUGGUAUGUUACAACGAUAUUGUGGGAGAUCGGAAAUGGGUUACAUGAUGCUAACUAUGAUACAGAAAGCUUGCCAGGCUGCUGCUAAGCCCUACUAAAUUGGGUGAAGUUGCGCUUUUUGCAGUUUGUGCUUUUCAGUUGUGAGAUACACAUAGAUAUCCAGCUACGGUGCUUUGCAACAAUAUUGGGAUGUUGAUAUGAUUUGUAUUUGUAUAGCGACAUAAUGUCCUCUCAUGUAUACCACUGAGGAUUUGUAUUUUAUUAUUUGAUGCGUCUG